AGACACGUAUUGCAUGAGUAUGUCAUGAGAACUCAGUAUACCCAUAUCUUCCAAAACUCUAGCUGCUUUCUAGAAUCUUACUCACAGUAAGUGGUCAGGACACUUCCGGUGGGCACAUGGAUCCAAGCGGAGAUCCACCAAACAGGGUAACGUAUUCCUUGCACGCCCGUGUCUCACCACCAGUUUUCCGCGCGAAUCACGGAACAUGCCGUGCAUGCAACUCGGGGAUCGUCAUACCACCUGGCAAAAGGGGGCAAGUAGGUAGUAUAAGAUGUCGAUGUCGUCCAGCUUUCCCACCAAUAACAUUUUGCUAUCGACAUCUCGUUCUUUACAACGCAAUCCAGCACAAUGCAUAACCUUGCCGUUCUUGGUCUCGCCUCUCUGGCCCUCGCGGCCCCGAGCGCUCUCAACGAGAGGGCUACUACUUGUACCUUCACUUCGAUCGACACUUUGGCGUCCAAGAAGAAGUCUUGUACGAAUAUCAUACUCAACGGAAUCACUGUUCCAGCUGGAGAGACACUCGACUUGACCAGCCUCACUUCUGGCACUACCGUCACCUUCCAAGGCACUACCUCGUUCGGGUACAAGGAAUGGUCGGGCCCCCUAAUCAGCGUCUCGGGAACCAAGAUCACCGUCAACGGCGCCAGCGGCCAUAUCAUCGACGGCCAGGGCGCGAAGUGGUGGGACGGAAAGGGUAGCAACGGAGGCAAGACCAAGCCCAAGUUCUUCUACGCCCACAACCUGAAGUCUUCGUCGAUCAACGGGCUGAGCGUCAAGAACACCCCAGUCCAGGGCUUCUCCAUCAACGGUGCCGAGGAUCUCACACUAAAAAAUAUCCACAUCGACAACUCUGCCGGAGACUCCGCCGGCGGCCACAACACCGAUGCCUUCGACGUCGGGUCCUCCGACGGUGUAAAGAUCAUCGACGCAAUCGUCAAGAACCAGGACGACUGCCUAGCCGUCAACUCGGGCACCAACAUCGAGUUCACAGGCGGCACCUGCUCCGGCGGCCACGGCCUGAGCAUCGGAUCCGUCGGCGGCCGCACCGACAACGACGUGAGCAACGUGGUCAUCUCCAGCUCGACCAUCAGCAACUCGCAGAACGGCGUGCGCAUCAAGACGGUGUACGGCGCCACCGGCUCCGUCAACAACGUCACGUACUCGGGCAUCACGCUCAGCAACAUCACCAAGUACGGCAUCGUCAUCGAGCAGGACUACGAGAACGGCAGCCCCACCGGCACCCCGACCACCGGCGUCCCCAUCACCGACCUCACCGUCAGCAAGGUCACGGGCUCCGUUGCCAGUUCCGCUACUGAUGUGUAUAUCCUGUGCGGCAAGGGGUCUUGCAGCAACUGGACGUGGUCUGGUGUGAGCAUUACCGGGGGCAAGACCAGCUCUAAGUGCUCCAACGUUCCUUCGGGAGCGUCUUGCUAAAUAUUUUUGGUAGCCAGGCAGAAUUAACGUCGAAAAAGGUGGCGCACCCACCAGCAUGAUUGUUGGUAGACUGCUCCGGUUAUUUUAACGCUAUUCUGCCGGGUCAAAUUUCGUGUAUAUAUCCGUACCCGCGAUAUAUAUUUCUAUUCAUAUUCAUAUAGAUAGUUAUUUAUAAAGUCUAGCCAAGCUUAAGACAUGUUUAUAUCUCA